AUGGACGACCAACUGCGGCUAGUGUACCGUUACCUCGACGCCGACCUCAGCGACAAUGCCCUCUUCCUCGCCAGUAUUCUGCAUGCAUUGGACCCCGAGAAUGGCACCUGGGCGCACCUCAAAUCACUUGCCUGCCUUCGCCUGGGCCAGUACGGCCUAGCUCGUCAGUAUAGCUGCGAGAAUGGCUUGACUGGCGACCAUCUGGGAUGCUCGUACGUCUUCGCAUUGGCAUCUUUAUCCCAAGGCAACUACCUCGAGGGAAUCUCAGCACUGGAGCGAGCCAAGCCACACUGGCAGCUUCGAAAUCGGGAUGCCAGUGCGCCCUUCGCACCAGAUCCUCUGAUCCAGCGGUUCUGGCCUGACUGUUCGGCAGUCAAUUGUCUUCUAGCCAAACUGCAUAGGCACAACAAGGAUAACAAGAACGCAGCAAACCACUUCACCGAGGCUCUAGAAUCAGACCCUUUGAUGUGGGAUGCCUUGACCAGUUUAUGUGACAUUGUUCGAGAUCGCCAAAAGCCUGCAGCUGCAGCUCGACCCGGCCCAGCGCAAAAGAGAACUCUGCCGCAGCGGAAGGCCGCCGUCUCGCCGACACCCACUCCCGAAACCAACCCCUCAGCCAAGCUUGAGUCUAUAAGGGUGGAAGAGAUUGCAGAGCGGGAGAGGACCGUGCAAUUGCUUGGAAUCCUCCAGUCAUUAGGGGCUGCCUAUCACAGCUUGAGCAAGUACGAGCCUAGAGCAUGCCUAGAUGCUUUUGCGUCCCUCCCGAUUGAGCUCCAGGCGACUCCUUGGGUCCUUUCCAAGUCAGCGCGAGCGCAGUACGAGUUGAUGGACUACAAGAAAGCGAAGCAAGCUUUCCAGGCGCUGCGAAAGCGCGCUCCCUCGUGGAUUGAGGAUUUGGAAGUGUAUUCUACUGUCCUGUGGCAUCUCAAGGACGAGGUUCUACUGUCAUUAUUGGCACACGAGCUUACUGAGAGCCACUUCCAAUCUCCUGAGACGUGGUGUGCAGUCGGUAACUCGUUUUCUGUAUGCCGAUCCCGAGAUGAAGCAAUCAAGUGCUUUCGACGUGCCUGCCAGCUUUCUCCCCAGCUGCCUCAGGCGUAUUCUCUCCUUGGAUAUGAGCACAUGGAGCAAGAAGACUACUAUGAGGCUAUCGGAGCUUUCCAGCGCGCCAUUCGGGUGGAACCGCGCUUUUACACAGCUUGGGUUGGGCUUGGACGUGCCUAUGAACGGCUGAGUCGAAAUGACGUGGCAUUGAAGCACUAUCUGACGGCUGUUGAAAUUAAUUCAUCUAACCCCAUCAUCUACACUUACGUCGCCCGCGUCUUGGAAAAUUUGCAGAAGCGACGAAGUGCGAUUGAAUACUUGCGACGAGGCAUCCGGCUCAACCCCCCGCCACUCACCAUGGCGUUGAUAAGGAUGCAGCGCGCGGGGAUCUAUCUUUACGCUGGGCAACCUGGUGCCGCCCUGGAGGACCUUCGGGCUGUUGCGCUAAUCGCCCCUGAUGAGCCUCGCGUUCAUUUGCUUCUUGGCCAAGCGUAUGCCAUGCAAGGGGAAGAUAAAGCUGCGGCAUUAAAAUCGUACACUACAGCUCUCAGCCUUGCUCCCUGGAGCAGAGAGAUCAAGGACGCCAUGCUGUCCCUUGAAGAUGAUGAAUGA